CGGUUGAAGGAUAUAUCUGGAUGCGGCAUUAAUUGACUAAUUUCAUGCAUGCUUUUAUUGCAGGGAGACCGUUACACCCUGAGCCAACAAGUUGUGAACUUUGAGACGACAUUAGGCCAAUUAAGGAGCAUGAUGAGCCCAGGGAACCUCACACAGUUACUCUCAAAUUCCAUAGUAGUCAUGGUAUUUGGCAGCAACGACUACAUUAACAAUUACCUCAUGCCAAACAUUUAUGCUUCACGUCGCACUUACACUCCUGAAGCAUUUGCCAACACCCUUCUCAACCGCUAUGCCCUCCAAAUUCACGCACUAUACAGUUUAGGACUACGGAAAUUCUUUAUACCAGGGAUUGGGCCACUUGGGUGCAUUCCAAAUCAGUUAGCCACUGGUCAAGCACCUGCUGGGAGAUGCGUUGAUUCGGUGAACCAGAUGCUCGGACCCUUUAACGAGGGACUCAAAAAACUAAUUGAUCGGUUUAAUGACGGAUCGCACCCUGGAGCCAUAUUUGUCUAUGGAAACACAUAUGGUGUUUUUGGUGACAUCUUGAAUAAUCCUGCAAGAUACGGGUUUACAGUGAGAGAUACAGCAUGUUGUGGGGUAGGGAGGAACCAAGGACAAAUGACAUGCCUCCCAUUACAAACACCAUGCUUCAACCGUGAUCAAUACGUGUUUUGGGAUGCUUUCCAUCCAACUCAAGCUGCGAAUGCUGUUCUUGCUCAGAGGGCAUACUCUGGAUCCUCCACCGACUGUUAUCCUAUCAACGUUCAGCAAUUGGCACAAUUUAGGCUAUCAUUCUUUCUUUUUCUUUGUCUUUCCCUUUUGUUCGUCAUCCGGUUCGGUUUCUCCGCUUCACUCCCUAUUUCUCUCUUAGUGUUGUCGUUUUAUUAUGUCAUGGCUGUUCCGGGGAAGCGGACUGCUGACGACGCCGCUUCGUCGUCGGUUGUUGUCCCUAUUGGUGGCCGCCGGAAGUGUCGACGUCUUGAUAGCCUCUCUGUCCUUCCCCAGUACCUCAACUGUGGUGACUGUAGCUGGGUUUGUGAGUUUUGCGGUGCGUUUUCCUGGUAUCUCACUCCUAAUUUCGGAUUUGAAGAAGGACCAAUCGAUUGGUUGUUGAUUACAAAUAUCUGUUUUCAUAUAGAAUCGAUUGCAUCGUCGGACAAUGGAGCAGAAGAAUCAGCGACAGAAGAAGAGGAAAGGUAUGAAGGAUAUGAGGUUUACCAAACUACUGUUGUUGGGCUAGGACAUUCCACAUGUGUAGCCAUUGGUGGGGAUCAUUUUAAUGGGACCAACUUCAUUGACUGCAUGAGAAAAUUCAUUGUUGAUCCUCAUACAGAAGAUGUGUGUACAAUUUCUUGGUUGACUGGCCGUUCACUUCAAAGGGUUAAUCAGAGGUUAAAAGAUCGAUGCAGGGCUUCAAGGGCCGUGGAAAUUGCAUUAUUAAAGAAAUUAAACAAAUCCAUGGAGUAUGCAUUUGGCGAAAAUGGUGCCAAUUCCAUCAAGCAUUUUGUCUCUCCGAUCUGCAACAAUGUUAGAUGGGUUGCUUCGGGGCAGUCGUUUCACCUCCAAAUGGUUUACAAAUGUUACACAACCUAA